AUGGCCAGCAUGCGAGCAGCCAAGACGGUGCGCGAGGCCAUACCCGUCGCCGACUAUCACAUGCGCAGCGAGGACGAGACCGAGGACGCCAUGGACGAAAGCAAGAACAGCAUGGACGAGAGUCAAGCCACCCAGUCCGAUGGAAGCGACGAGGAGGUCGAGGCCUCGGUCCAGGACGACAUUCAUCGCUUCGAACAGUCGUUCAAGAACAUUUCACAGCGCUUCCGUCUGAUCAACCGCAUCGGCGAAGGCACCUUUUCCACCGUCUACAAGGCCGAAGACCUCCUCUACGACAAGUACAAGAACGACUGGAACGACAUGUCCCUCUCCCCACAAGCAAAGACAGCACGAGACCGUCCACGCGCUCGCUACGUCGCCAUCAAGAAGAUCUACGUCACCUCGUCGCCCAUGCGCAUCUUCAACGAGCUCGAACUGCUCUACGACCUUCGCGACUCGCAGAAUGUCUGUCCGCUCAUCACCGCUUUCCGCCAUCAAGACCAGGUCGUUGCCGUCCUGCCAUACUUUCAGCACCGUGACUUUCGCGACUACUUCCGCGACAUGACCGUCAACGAUAUGCGUGUCUACUUUAACCAGCUAUUCACCGCCGUCCGCGCCGUCCACGAGCACCAGAUCAUUCACCGCGACAUCAAGCCCACAAACUUCCUAUACUCGCCCACCACCCAGAAGGGCGUCCUCGUUGACUUUGGUCUGGCCGAGCGAGAAGGAACCGACUGGCACCAUUGCAACUGCCAGUACUCAAUCUCGGACCGCCAACACCGCUACCAGAACUCUCUCUACUCUUCGAUCCGCACACAAUAUCGGGAUGCUGGCCAGCUACCACCACCUCCGUCAUACCCUAAAGAGGACUCGAGGAACUCUCGCAGAGCGAACCGCGCCGGCACGAGAGGUUUUCGCGCUCCCGAAGUUUUGCUGAAGUGCACUUCCCAAACCUGUAUAAUCGACAUUUGGAGUUGCGGCAUCAUUCUCCUCACUCUUCUGAGUCGCCGCUUCCCUUUCUUCCACUCUGCCGACGACAUCGAUGCCUUCAUCGAGCUGUGCAGUAUCUUUGGCAAACGGCGCAUGAACGAGGCUGCUUUACUGCACGGCCAGGUCCUGCAAACCAACAUUCCCACCAUCAGCGAGAACGGCCACAGUUGGGAGAAGAUCUUGCUGUGGUGUACCGAGCGUCGUAAGACGGACCUGCCGCUCACUGACGAGGAAAAAGAAGCCGUCCAGUUCAUGUCUCUUUGUCUCGAGCUUGAUCCCUCGAAGCGUAUAUCAGCCGACGAGGCGCUUGAGCAUCCUUUCUUGAACCUCGGUGCUUCAAAUGGCUCAGGAUUGAAUCCUGAUGAAGAGUGA